CAAAGGAUGGCGAACACAUCGGGAGCGAAAGGCUACAACAUAUGGCCAAGGACAUUACGCACUGGCGCAAUCGAGAAAUAACAGUAAAUGCAGGAAAGGCUAAAAUGUGCGUGUAUAAAUCGAAGCCAGUAAUGUGCCACCCAGGAACCGCCAGGAUACCAGAUAUAUGCGAGAAGAUGACACCCGAAUGUCCGAUGGAACCUGGUCGUGUUUACACUUAUGAACACGUCAUGCGCACACCAAAUAUUUCGCUGAGAGCUCCAGCAACGUACAAACUUUACGAUGA